AUGGCCGCCGGGUCCCGGUGCGGUUCCGCGGCCCCACCGCAGCCCCCGUUCGCAUGCCGGGAAUGCGGGAAGUGCUUCCGCUGGUCCUCGCGCCUGGCCCAUCACCAGCGCAGCCACACGGGCGAGCGGCCCUACAAGUGCCCCGAGUGCCCCAAAGCCUUCAAGGGCUCCUCGGCCCUCCUCUACCACCAGCGCGGGCACACCGGCGAGCGGCCCUACCCGUGCCCGCAGUGCCCUAAGGCCUUCAAGCGCUCCUCCUUGCUCCAGACCCACCAACGGGUCCAUACUGGGCUGCGGGCCUUCGAGUGCGCCCAAUGCGGGCUCACCUUCAAGUGGGCCUCCCAUUACCAGUACCACCAGCGGCAGCACACGGGCGAGCGGCCCUACCGCUGCGCCGAGUGCCCCAAGGCCUUCAAGAACUCCUCCAGCCUCCGGCGCCACCGCCAGCUCCACACGGGCGAGCGGCCCCACACUUGUGGGGUGUGCGGCAAGGCCUUCGCCCAGCCCUCCAACCUGCGGCAGCACCAACGGGUGCACACGGGCGAGCGCCCCUAUGCCUGCCCCCAGUGCCCCAAGACCUUCACCCACUCCUCCAACCUCCUCCUGCACCGCCGCACCCACACCAACGCCCGGCCCCACCAGUGCCCCCUGAAGCCCCCCGCUGCGCUCCAGCCCCACGCUCCGGCCCCACCGCCGCCCCCCAUUCCCACCGCACCGGAGCCCCCAUGGCGGUGCUCUUUGUGCCCGCUGAGCCUCAGCACCCACGAGGAGCUCCUUGGCCACCAAGGAACCCAUGGGGCGCCGACACCGAGCGCGGUGCCCGCUCUCCGCUGCCGGACCUGCGCCAAGAGCUUCAAGAGCAGCGCGGCGCUGGCGCGGCACCGCCACGGCCCCGCUGCCCAGCGCCCGUUCAAGUGCCCUAAAACCUUCCCCCAGUUCACAACGGGGCUCUUGGGGCACCCCCCUAUGGCGGUGCCGGCACCGGCGCCCACCUCCCCUCCGUUACCGGAGCGCCCGUACCAGUGCCCUGAGUGCGGCAAAGCCUUCAAGGGCUCCUCGGGGCUGCGGUAUCACCUACGGGACCACACUGGUGAGCGGCCCUACCCGUGCCCACAGUGCCCUAAGGCCUUCAAGCGCUCCUCCUUGCUCCAGACCCACCAACGGGUCCAUACUGGGCUGCGGGCCUUCGAGUGCGCCCAAUGCGGGCUCACCUUCAAGUGGGCCUCCCAUUACCAGUACCACCAGCGGCAGCACACGGGCGAGCGGCCCUACCGCUGCGCCGAGUGCCCCAAGGCCUUCAAGAACUCCUCCAGCCUCCGGCGCCACCGCCAGCUCCACACGGGCGAGCGGCCCCACACUUGUGGGGUGUGCGGCAAGGCCUUCGCCCAGCCCUCCAACCUGCGGCAGCACCAACGGGUGCACACGGGCGAGCGCCCCUAUGCCUGCCCCCAGUGCCCCAAGACCUUCACCCACUCCUCCAACCUCCGCCUCCAUCGCCGGACCCACACCAACGCCCGGCCCCACCGAUGCCCGCUCUGCGCCAAGGCCUUCACCGUGGCCUCCUACCUGCAGCGGCACCUCCGUACCCAUGGUACUGCCCCAGUGCCCCGCACCCCCCCUCAGACCUUCCUCCUCCUCCUGCACCCCCCCCAAGGGCUCCAGGUUGCACCCGGCCCCACGGCGGCCCCACAGAAGCUCCUGGUGCUGCCCAGCCCCACGGCGGAGCCCCCCGAGGGGGUCCCUGUUGCCGGGCAGAGCAUCCUGGUGGUGCCCGGUGUGGGGCAGGUCCAGGCGGUGACCGGGGCUCCAUUGGGGACCAGCGUUGUUGUGAUAAGGGGUGGUAUCGGGGGGGGGCUGACGGCGUGUGGGGUGCAUCCCCCUGAGGGCACCAAUGGGCAGCUCCAAGCAUCCGAGGUGGCCAAUGGGCAGCUCCAAGCAUCUGAGGUGGCCACCAUCCAGCUCCAAGCAUCUGAGGUGGCCAACGUCCAGCUCCAGGCUGUUCCACAGGCCCCCAAGGUGGCCACCAUCCAGCUCCAAGCCCUACCACAGCCAUUGGAUGUCACCACCAUCCAGCUCCAAGCAUCUGAGGUGGCCACCAUCCAGCUCCAAGCAUCUGAGGUGGCCAAUGGGCACCUCCAAGCCCUACCACAGCCAUUGGAUGUCACCAACAUCCAGCUCCAAGCAUCUGAGGUGGCCAAUGGGCAGCUCCAGGCUCUUCCACAGGCCCCCAAGGUGGCCACCAUCCAGCUCCAAGCAUCUGAGGUAGCCAAUGGGCAGCUCCAAGCCCUACCACAGCCAUUGGAUGUCACCAACGUCCAGCUCCAAGGCACAGAGGUGGCCAACGUCCAGCUCCAGGUCUUGCCACCGCCAUUGGAUGUCACCAGUGUCCAGCUCCAGGCUCUUCAACAGGCCCCCAAGGUGGCCACCAUCCAGCUCCAAGCAUCCGAGGUAGCCAAUGGGCAGCUCCAGGCUCUUGCACAGGCCCCCAAGGUGGCCACCAUCCAGCUCCAAGCAUCUGAAGUGGCCACCAUCCAGCUCCAAACAUCUGAGGUGGCCAAUGGGCAGCUCCAGGCUGUUCCACAGGCCCCCAAGGUGGCCACCAUCCAGCUCCAAGGAGCUGAGGUAGCCAAUGGGCAGCUCCAGGUCUUGCCACCACCAUUGGAUGUCACCAGUGUCCAGCUCCAAGCUCUUCCACAGGCCCCCAAGGUGGCCGCCAUCCAGCUCCAAGCAUCCGACGUGGCCAAUGGGCAGCUCCAAGCCCUACCACAGGCCCCCAAGGUGGCCACCAUCCAGCUCCAAGCAUCUGAGGUAGCCAAUGGGCAGCUCCAAACUCUUCCACAGGCCCCCAGCGUGGCCACCAUCCAGCUCCAAGCAUCUGAGGUGGCCAAUGGGCAGCUCCAGGCCCCCAAGGUGGCCACCAUCCAGCUCCAAGCAUCCGAGGUAGCCAAUGGGCAGCUCCAGGCUCUUCCACAGGCCCCCAAGGUGGCCACCAUCCAGCUCCAGGCCAUGGAGGUGGCCAACGUCCAGCUCCAGAGCACAGAGGUGCCCAGUGGCCAUCUGGAAGCCCCCGAGGUGCCCAAUGGCCUCCAGAGCACCGAGGUGCCCGGUGGCCACCUCCAAGAGCCCCAGCACCAGCAGGAGGUGAUGGAGGUGCCCAACAUCCAACUCAAGACCCUUGAGGUGCCCAGCGCCCAACUGAAGCCCAUUGAGGUGCCCAGUGUCCAACUGAAGCCCAUUGAGGUGCCCAGCACCCAACUGAAGCCCAUUGAGGUGCCCAGCGCCCAACUGAAGCCCAUUGAGGUGCCCAGCACCCAACUGAAGCCCAUUGAGGCACCACUGGGACCACCAUGGACCCCCAUGCCCCUGGUGCAGUCCUGA